CAUAUUGUAUAUUUACUAAAUAAAACGUAAUAAAUUUCAUUAUUUAUAUUGAAGAUACUUUCGAUGAGACAGAAAAGUUCACGAUCCUACCUAAGCAAAGUUUCGGAGAAAUUCAAGAGUUUUGCAACGUGACAGCUCUGAGGGCUGCACUAUGGGAGACCGCUGUAUUUUGGUGACAGGAGGGGCGGGGUUUGUAGGAACCCACUCUGUGAUAGAGCUGAUAGAGGCGGGCUAUUCCGUGGUUGUGCUGGAUAACCUUGCUAAUGCUAGCAUGGAAAGCAUCAAACGAGUUGAAGAGAUUACAGGGAAAUCUAUCCCUAGUUACAGUGUCGACCUCCUAGACAGGACAGCUUUGUCAGAUUUAUUUAGUAAACAUAAGUUCAGCAGCGUCAUCCAUUUUGCCGGUCUUAAGGCGGUCGGGGAAUCUUGUCAGUUACCGCUACUGUAUUAUAAAAACAACAUUGGAGGGACAAUCAAUCUUCUGGAGGUGAUGAAAGAGAAAGGAGUAAAGAACUUGAUUUUCUCCAGUUCAGCUACGGUGUACGGCAGUCCGCAGUAUUUACCAAUUGAUGAGAAGCAUCCAGUAGGAGGCUGCACUAAUCCGUAUGGAAAAACCAAAUAUUUUAUCGAAGAAAUCCUGAGAGACCUGCAUAAAGCUGAGCCAGACUGGAACAUUAUCAUGCUGCGAUACUUUAAUCCUGUCGGAGCACACAAAUCAGGGAAGAUCGGGGAAGACCCCCAAGGCAUUCCAAACAACCUGAUGCCAUUUAUAGCCCAGGUGGCGGUGGGAAAGCGAGCGGAGCUGAGUGUGUACGGCAGCGAUUACGACACACCUGAUGGAACAGGGGUGCGUGAUUACAUUCAUGUUGUGGACUUAGCUCAGGGUCAUGUGGCAGCACAGAAAAAAAUUGAAACCAAUUGUGGAUGUAAGGUGUACAAUCUUGGUACAGGAAAAGGUUACUCUGUGUUGGAAAUGGACAAAGCUUUUGAGGAAGCCAGUGGCAAACCAAUUCCAUACAAGAAAGUGGAUCGUCGGCCAGGUGAUGUAGCGUCAGUGUACGGGAAUGCAGACCUAGCCAAGCAGGAGUUAGGGUGGUCAGCCACUCGUGAUCUCAAACAGAUGUGUGAGGACACCUGGAGGUGGCAGUCCUUGAAUCCAAAUGGUUUUCGAAAAUAGACUUUAAGAUUAGGAAUUAGAAUUCACUUACGUGGGAUCAUGAUGCAGCAUUAAAGGGCAAUAUAUUAGGAAUAUAAGAAUGAUUUAUUAAUAAUGAUUUUCACUUGCCAGUCAGGUGUUAUUAUGAAGGUUGAAAUUGUACACCUUAAUCUGCCAUUUUGAUUACUUCUGCCAGUUUUCUACAAAUCUAAGAGUGAUUGAUAGGAUUUGUCCAAGCAUAUUCAUCAAGAUGAAAAAGAAAUAUGUCAUUUUAAAAAAACACUCUUUUAUGCAUUUACCCCCAGUUUUCCAGACUGUUGAAGUGCCUGGUUAGGGAUUGUUUUCAAAAUAUUGCUUUCUGUACUAACUGGAGCUUUUAUAGACAAAAAAUCAAAAUACUUUGUUAUAUACAGAAUCUGCAGGGCAGACUGAUGAGGUUUAAUAUAUUUAGAAAUCUUUUCCAUUACAUGGAUCUCUAGUAUCAGUCACAAAAAGGGGCAUAUAAUCCAAAAUGGUUGUGUCGUAACUAAUGUAAUACUUGAAUGUGAAAUAUUUGUUCUCAUUAAAAUACAUUAUGUUAUUACA